UUCAUAAGCCCUCCGUCCCUCCCAUUUGCUUCGCUCGCUGUGCGAAUCAAAAGUCGUAAACUCGUAUCGGGAACUGCCCGACUCUUCUCCCCCUCACCAUGGCAGACGACGCCAAAGCAAAGGGCAACAAGGCCUUCGCCGAUGGCCGCUUCGACGACGCCAUCCGUCACUUUUCCGAGGCCAUCGACCUCGCUCCUGGAAACCACGUCCUCCACUCCAAUCGCUCGGCUGCAUACGCCUCUCUCCAGAACUACCACGCCGCGCUCAAAGACGCCCAAAAGACGGUCGAGCUCAAGUCCGACUGGCCAAAGGGCUACAGCCGCCUCGGCGCUGCAUACCUCGGGCUCGGCGACGCCGAACAGGCAGUCGCAGCCUACGAGAAGGGCCUUGCGAUUGAUCCUUCCAGUGAGGCCCCGAAGUCCGGUCUUGCCGAUGCCCGCACCUCGGCGGCUAGGUCCAGGGGCCCGUCGCCGCAAGGGGCCUCCCUCUUUGCCAAGAUUUUUCAGGGUACUGAGAUUUGGACGAAGCUGCCAGCGGAUCCGACAACCAGAGGUUACCUUCACCAACCUGAUUUUCUCAGGAUGAUCACGGAUAUCCAGAAAAACCCUAACAAUCUCAACAUGUAUCUCUCUGAUUCGAGGAUGAUGCAAGCGGUAGGUGUUCUUCUUAAUGUGAAGAUGAAGGGACCUACGGAUGAGAUGGUGACUGAGUCUCCUGAGCCUCCACAAGCGAGGUCUCAGCCAGAACCAGCAGAACCUGAGCCACAGCCGGAGCCCAUGGAGUUUCCGGAGGAGGCAAAGGAAGCUAAGCAGACAAAGGCGGAGGCCCAGAAGGAGAAAGAAGCAGGGAAUGCUGCUUGCAAGAAAAAUGACUUUGAGACUGCGAUUCAGCAUUAUACUCUAGCUAUGGAGCUUGAUGAUGGGGGCAUUUCCUACCUCACUAAUAGAGCUGCAGUCUACUUGGAGAUGGGAAAGUAUGAAGAAUGUAUAAAAGAUUGUGAUAAAGCUGUUGAACGUGGAAGAGAACUUCAUUCUGAUGCAUUGACUAGGAAGGGAACUGCACUCACAAAACUUGCCAAAACCUCCAAAGACUAUGAAUUUGCAAUUGAAGCUUUCCAGAAAGCUCUAACCGAACACCGUAAUCCAGACACUUUAAAAAAACUAAAUGAUGCUGAGAGGGCAAAGAAAGAAUUAGAACAACAAGCAUAUUUUGAUCCUAAAUUAGCAGAUGAGGACUGGGAGAAAGGCAAUGAACUUUUCAAGCAGCAAAAGUAUCCAAAGGCUAUGAAACAUUACACUAGAAGAGGCCCAAAGGACCCAAUGGUUUAUAGCAAUCGGGCUGCUUGUUAUACAAAGUUGGGCGCUUUGCCUAAAGCUCUUAAAGAUGCCGAGAAGUGCAUUGAGCUUGAUCCAUCAUUUUCUAAAAGAUACACAAGAAAAGGUGCAAUUCAAUUCUUUAUGAAAGAGUAUGACAGAGCCUUAGAGACAUAUCAGGAGGGCUUGAAACAUGACCCAAACAAUCAGGAAUUGAUGGAUGGUGUGAGGAGGUGUGUUGAGCAUAUCAAUAAGACCAACAAAGGUGAAAUUAGUCCAGAGGAAUUGAAAGAGAGACAGGCAAAGGCUAUGCAGGACCCAGAAAUACAAAGCAUUUUUACAGAUCCUCUUAUGCGACAGGUCUUAAUUGACUUCCAGGAGAAUCCAAAGGCAGUACAAGAUCACCUUAAGAAUUCCCAGGUGACACACAAGAUACAAAAGCUUGUUAGCGCUGGAAUUGUGCAAAUGAAAUAGAAAGUGAUGUUUUAGGAAUUUAUAUUUUGUUCUGGUUCCCACAACUUGCAAAAGUUCUUGAUGGGUUUCUCAGCCGUGAAGUUUACAUAUUAAAUGUACUUUUGGUUCCCUUAAGUUAUUGUUCCUACUACUGUGCA